AUGCUUCCAGCUUCAUCCUCCGUCGUAGCUUUGAGCGAGGUCAAUGGAGGUGUCGGAUUGUCGGACCCCGUCCAUUCGGCGGGUAGGCGUAAAAUGCUAGAUCUUGUGAACCGCCUGCAUAGCACAGGCGUACAACGUGACAUUGACCUCCCAAUGAUUGCUGUCAUCGGGUCUCAGAGCGCGGGAAAAUCAUCCCUGAUAGAGUCAAUAUCUGGCAUAACCCUCCCAAGGGCGAGCGGGACCUGCACAAGGUGCCCUACAGAGUGCCGGCUGUCAUCAUCAAGCGAGCCAUGGGGGUGCAUCGUAUCCCUGCGCUUCACGACAGACAAGAUCGGCCAGCCCCUGGGCCAAGCACGCAAUGAGAGGUUCGGAGAGCCUAUUCUCAUAAAGGCCGAUGUAGAGGAACGGAUUCGCCGCGCUCAGCGCGCCAUCCUCAACCCAAGCGUCGACGCGCGGCAGUUCUUGGAGGGAGACGACGUCGACCCCGAGGAUCGCGAGCUCACGUUUUCCAUCAACUGCGUGUGUCUCGAGAUCAGCGGGAGUGACGUCGCCGAUCUGUCGUUCGUCGACUUGCCUGGCCUGAUUGCCAGCGUCGGGACGGGCGGCAGCGCCGGGGACAUUGACCUCGUGAAGAAUCUCGUGACCACAUACAUCGCGAAGCCGAGCUGCAUUAUAUUGCUCACCGUCGCAUGCGAGACUGAUUUUGAGAACCAGGGGGCGCACCACCUGACGAAGCAGCACGACCCCGACGGGAAGCGAACCGUCGGUGUCCUGACGAAGCCCGAUCGCAUCCCGCGCGGCGAGGAGAGCCGUUGGACGCGGUUCAUCAAGAACGAGUACGAAGCGCUGGACAACGGCUGGUUCACCGUGAAGCAGCCUGAUUCGCUCGCGCUCGCCGCGGGAAUCACUUGGGUCGAGGCGCGCCAGACCGAACGCCAGUUCUUCGAGUCGACGGAGUCGUGGGCAGAGCUCGAGUACGAGUUCCAGGGCCGCCUCGGCACUGCGAACCUCACCAGAUGCUUGAGCAAUAUACUCACCGACCUGAUCGCGAAGAGGCUGCCCGAGCUACAGGAGGAGCUGCAGAUUCUUCUCCAGAAGACCGAAGACAGUCUCCGGCAGCUCCCCAAGCCGCCGUCCACCGACACCUUCGCUGAGAUUCUGCAUCUUAUCUCUGAGUUCUGCCGCGACUUGGACAAACAUCUCGAGGGCACGCCCGGCGAGAACGGGCUGCUGCAAGUGAUGAACCCACUCAAGGAGAAGUUCCGCGCAGCCGUCAGAGACACGGCCCCGGACUUCAGGCCAUACAAGGGCCCGAAGGAUGGAUUCGACGGAGACACGCCAUCGGGCGAUGGGUGGUCGAUGCCCAGCUUUCUCUCGCAUGAAGAGGAGUCGGCCGUCAACUUGGACAGCUCACAUGCCAUCUACAUCAAUCAAGUCAUGGACCGCGCAAGAAAGGCGGUUACACGCGAGCUCCCGGAUCACUAUCCUUUUGUAGUCUAUCAAGACUACAUCACGUCAAUCACGGCCAAGUGGCACAUACCGAUGCGCAUCUUGUUUGACUCCCUACAGAAGGUAUUGAACAACUACGUCAAGCAGCUUGUCGCAAAACAUUUCUCUAUCUUUGCGCAAGGCGGCCUACAGCAUACUGUUCACCAGAUCAUGGUAGAACAUAUCAAGGCUUGUUGCGAAGCGACAGCAAGCCGUAUAUCCUGGCUUCUCGAACUGGAGAGUAGGCCUGCCACCAUGAACGGCCACUAUUAUACAGACUACCGUGACAAAUUCCUGGCCUUCUACCGCGCGCAUCGCGAGUCCGACGAGAACGGGUCGUUUGUUGACAAGCUACGCAGAUACAAACCGUGUACGACUAAUCCGAGAAGGGCGACAUCACCCACAGAGUAUCAGUAUCAAGAGAGCAUCUCGAAAGUACUUUCUGGACUAAACGAGAUUGGCAUGUCGGGGAUAGUUGCGACAGAUUUGCCGAAGCUGUUGCCGUCCGAUCCCUACGAGCCUGCUUUAAAGAUCAUGGCGACCGUGCGCGCAUACUUCCAAGUUGCCUACAAGCGCUUCGUGGAUUAUGUCCCUAUGGCAAUCGACCAUGAGCUUGUCCUUGGACUGUCGAGGGACGGCUCGCUUGAGAACGUCCUCCUGAAGGGCCUUGGGAUAACCGGAGCCGAGGGCCAGCGCCGCUGUCAGGAAUUCUUGCAGGAGCCGAGAGAUGUCGUGAAACGCCGCCAGGAGCUGCAGAAAAGGUGGGAGCGGCUCGAAACAGCCAGAAAAGAGCUCAUGGAUCUGUGGCUUUAA